GCUGCUGCGCGUCCAUGUCAAGUGAGUUUCAUCUGUAAAAUACGGGAUCAAUAGAAAUGCGGAAUCUUCACUUAGAACUGUAAUAAUUUGUCGCCUUCCAUCAAGAAAUACGACGGGAAACUAUACGGGUGUGUUUACAGGGAGAAGAGUGUAAUCAGUGAACAUGUUCUCUCCGCCCAGUAGUUACAUACAUUGCAUCGGAGUGAAAUGACGGGGCUGCCCUUUAUUCGUAACAAAGUGAAGUGGUAACUUGGUUGGAUUUCUAAGGACACGGGACUGAGGGCAUUAUGUAGUGAGACUGUGGUAUUUUUGCGUCAUCUGUCGCGCUUACAGCGUCGUGCUUGGAAGUUUCGUGUUUUAUUAUGUGGUCGAGAUGAUGUGGUUGCUCGCGGUGGCGGCCGCGACCGUGGCGGCGCUGAGCGUCCGCGGAGAGCAGGUUCUACUUCUCGACACCACCACUGAGGCGACUUUGGGCUGGACUCGGUUCCCCUACGGCCCGCAAGCGAGCACCCCUGGCUGGCUGGAAGAGUCGUACACCAACUUUGAGAAGCAAAUCAACUGGCGGUCAUACGUGGUAUGUGAUGUUGCACAUCAUAAUGUAAACAAUUGGCUAUGGACACCAUUCAUAGAGAGAAGGAAUGCAAAUCGUAUCUACAUCGAAAUUAAAUUCACUAUACGUGACUGCUCAUUGUUUCCUGGGAAUGCACUUAGUUGCAAAGAAACAUUCAGCUUACUAUACUAUGAGUUUGAUGUUGCCACUCGUGAACAGCCACCCUGGGAGCCAGAGAGCUACAAACUAGUGGGCAGAAUUGCAGCUGGUGAAGGUAGAUUUAAUACAAAUUCUGAAGUGGAUAUCAAUACUGAAGUAAAGAGCAUAGCAGUAACUAAGAGAGGAGUGUAUUUUGCAUUUAGAGACCAAGGAGCAUGCAUUUCCAUUUUAGCUGUAAAGGUGUACUACAUCACAUGUCCAGAAGUAACCGUCAACUUUGCCAGGUUCCCAGCCACACCUACAGGUAGGGAAGUUACUGUCAUAGAACAAGCAAACGGUACAUGUGUGGAGAAUGCUGAAACUGCUCCAGGUGAAUCCCCUCCAGUAUACUUGUGCAAGGGAGAUGGCAAGUGGACACUACCUAGUGGUUCCUGUAAAUGCCGUGCCGGAUUUGAACCUGAUGAUAAUAACCAAAUAUGUAAUAAAUGUCAACCUGGAAAAUUUAAAUCUUACACAGGAGAUGACCCAUGUGCACCUUGCCCUGAUUAUUCAGAAUCCACUAUUUAUGCCGCUUCAGAAUGCAAAUGUGUUCCGGGAUUUUACAGAGCUAAAAAAGAUCCCAAGAACUUACCUUGCACACAGCCACCUUCAGCACCAGACAAUUUGACAGUAACAUUUGCUGACCAAUUUUCAAUUUCUCUUGCAUGGCAACCUCCACAUAAAAAUGGAGGGCGUAAUGAUGUCACUUAUCGAGUCUAUUGUUCCAAUUGUGGUUCUAAUAGUGUUGAAUACAGACCUGCAUCUACAGGAUUAAAUUCAACAAGAGUUACUGUUCUAGGCCUAGAUCCAAUGACUGAAUACAAAAUUCAAGUAUUCGCAGAAAAUGGGGUCUCUGAGCUUACUGGAGAACCUCCUAAAAAGGUUGAAAUAACAGCUAUAACUGAGGCAUCUUUAGUCAGUGUGGUAUCCAAGUUAAGGGUGCUUAGUGUAGAAAGUGAUAAACUUUCACUUACAUGGAAUCCCCCACCAAUAGAUUUGACUGAUCCUGAAGAUACUAUAGAAAGUUAUGAAGUAAAAUGUUUUCCAAAAGACAACAUUGAAAAAAGUGCCAAUACAACUUUAAAGAUUACAAAAGAGCCUCAUAUUACUAUAACAGGAUUGAAAAGAGAUACAGAAUAUGGAAUUAGAGUACGGGCAAAAAUGAAGCGUGGUUGGGGUGAAUUCAGUGGAAUAGUCUAUGCUCGUACUGGAUCUGUUCUGGAAACAACUUUUGUAGGUGAAGAAGAAGGAGCGCAAGUGCGUUUAGUUGCUGGUGUAAUGGUUGCUGUCGUAGUUUUAUCAGUAGUGGCUAUCAUUGCCGCAGUGCUGUUUUUACGAUCCCGUGCCGAUGACGAAUGUGAUAAGAAACAACCGAAUGACUGUAACGCUUUGAACUAUCGUAAUGGCGAAGUUUACACCGGUCCAGAAAGACCAGCGAAAACCAGUAGUAAUGCUACUACCCCACUGUUUGCUGGCACUGGAUCUAGAACUUACAUUGAUCCUCAUACUUACGAAGACCCUAAUCAAGCUGUACGGGAAUUUGCCCGCGAGAUUGACGCAUCAUGCAUCACGAUUGAAGCAAUUAUUGGCGGAGGAGAAUUUGGCGAUGUUUGCCGUGGUAAACUGAAACUGCCUGCAAGCUGCGGCCAGGAAAUAGAUGUAGCUAUCAAAACUCUGAAACCUGGAUCUACAGAGCGUGCUAGGCGGGACUUUUUAGCAGAAGCGUCUAUAAUGGGCCAGUUUGAGCAUCCUAACGUCAUAUUCUUGCAAGGUGUUGUCACGAAAUGCAAUCCAAUUAUGAUAAUAACUGAAUUUAUGGAGAAUGGCUCCCUGGACACUUUUUUGCGGGCUAAUGAUGGUAAAUUCCGUAUUCUACAGCUUGUAGGCAUGCUUCGUGGCAUUGCCACCGGUAUGCAAUACCUUUCCGAGAUGAACUACAUACACCGCGAUCUUGCUGCACGUAAUGUGCUCGUAAAUUCCCAACUGGUAUGUAAAAUCGCCGAUUUCGGUUUGUCGCGAGAAAUUGAAUCUACCGCUGAUGGGGCAUACACCACCCGCGGAGGUAAAAUACCUGUGCGAUGGACAGCACCCGAGGCCAUUGCAUUUAGAAAAUUCACGUCAGCCAGUGAUGUUUGGUCGAUGGGUAUAGUUUGCUGGGAGGUGAUGAGUUUCGGUGAGCGUCCAUAUUGGAAUUGGAGUAACCAAGAUGUCAUCAAAUCCAUAGAAAAAGGUUACCGUCUUCCAGCACCUAUGGACUGUCCAGAAGCAGUGUACCAGCUCAUGCUCGACUGUUGGCAGAAAGAGCGCACGCAUCGACCAACUUUUGCGAGUAUUGUAAAAACCUUAGAUAAACUUAUUCGUUGCCCCGACACCUUAAGGAAGAUCGCCCAGAAUCGCUCGGCUGAUCCACUCGCGGGUGACACCCCUGAUUUAAACCAGUUUUCUUCUGUGGAGGAAUGGCUGGAAUGUAUAAAGAUGUCUCGGUACAUUGAGAAGUUUAGAGCGGCCGGCAUCACAGAUAUGGAAGCAGUUGUAGACCUCACAGUCCACCAGUUGGCGUCAUUGGGCGUUACGCUCGUCGGCCAUCAGAAAAAAAUUAUGAAUAGUGUUCAGAGCAUGCGUGCUCAGAUUCGCGUUAGCGGGCCUUAUGGAUUUCUCGUGUAAAAAUUUGCUCAGAUAUAGUGAGGUAUCAGUGCAGUGAUUAUGAGAUACAUGCAGCUAUAGAACAAACAUUGAUCUCGUUUUGAACAAGGACAAAGAUCUCACAAUGUGCAGAUGAAGUGGUUUUUGAUUAAAGUGAUUUAUACUAUUGAAAUAAUGCAUUUUGUAUAUUUUUCUAAAAAGGACUGACAUAAGGUUAGACUUAAGGUAACACAAACAUCUUUCUUAACUUGCUAAGAAAAAUAUCAAUGAAAAUAUAUUUAUGCUGUUUAUAUUUUUUCUAUUUUAAUUAUUGUAUCUGUUUGGUGAUAAACUUUUGUAACAGUUGUGCAGAUAGCAAUAAUUUAUGUAAUGGCCUAAUGCACUCAAACUUAUUUAACGAUCAAAAUUAGCUUUAUAGUACUCCCGUCUCGUACUUGGUAACUUUUAUACAACGAAACAGAGCCAUCAUUUAUUUUAAGGAUACAAUUUAGAUAUAUUUCUCAUAAUUCAGUGCAGCUAUUAAAGAAAUGAUAUGAUAAGAUUUUGGAGAAUAUAAAAAUAAUGUCUUUGAACCAGUAUUAAAAAAUUUAUCUACCUACACCGUUUAAAUGAUUUAUCUUGACUGAUGUUUGUAAUUAAUUAUUUUGUAUGUUAUUUCAAUUUGUACUUAUAUUUAUGUUGUUUAUAAAAAAUAAAUUUCAUUGUGGAACUAGGGGUAAAUGAGAUUAUGGAAUAGUUUUUUUUUAUAAAAGUACUGUUAAGAAAAGAGUACAAGAGGUAUCAAGGCGAUAACUUUUUUGUUGGAGCUUGUCUCAAGCAUCUGAAAUGAUAAAUUUAUUUACAUACUGUAAAAAUUUAGACUAUAAAAUUUUAACGUAGGUAGCUAAUUCUGCUGUAAUUUUUGGAUGAAUAAUUAUUAUGUGUAUAUUCGUGAGUUUCGUUCCAAAAUGUUGUAAUGUGUUAAUAUAUACCAUUAUAAUGUGUAAAGUGUCAAAUGCUUAUAUAUUUUGCCUGCUUUCUUUUUUUGUGACAUUUUGAUGUAACUUAUACUGCCAUGUGAUGAAACUGAAUGUACUUAAUUAUUGUAACUAUAAACUUGCAACAAUGCAUUUAGUUAGUAUCUCGUUUUUACAAUGCAUGUACAUAAGGCUGAACGUAUUAUUUUUAGUGUAUAUCCUUGCUUUAAAAUACAAAUAAUGUAAAUAUCUAAAUAUUCUCACACAAAGUUUUCACUUAGGAAUCGACCAUUCAAUAAUUUUGUUUAGGUUGCAGGUACAAAGAGUACACACUGGAAAUUUAAUCUAAAAUCUUGGUGCUGACGUUUGUCCUAACUCGUAUUCCUUUUGUGUUCUUGCUCAAAGGGAUUGAAGCGUGUUUUUAAUGAAAACGGGACACUGCUCUACUCGUCGCGGUAUUUUCAUUGCUCACCAUUCACUUGGAAUUCUAUCGUGCAGUCUUUGUGUGCGAACUAUUCAGUGUUUUACUUAAUAGUAUAGUUGAUUUUUAUUUUUUUCGUUGUAAGAAUAGAUGAGGUAACAGAAUAUUGCCAACAUAGUGAUUAUAGUAAGAGCUUUGCUUAUUAUUUCUUACUUGUGAUGUAUUCGCAGGAUUGUAGCUGCGACUAAUAGGCAUCUAUAUUAUUUUCUUUACAAAUUACGUACGUAAGUACUAUUUUUAUGCUGUGUGGCAACUUGACUUCACAUACAAGUGACUUCUGAAGCUAAGCGAUUUUUUUCUGUUGUUUACAUUUUUGCUGAGAGCGAUUUGAUCUUGAAAUUUUUUUUGUUCUAAAAUUUUGUCUGUCGUCGUAUCGUUAUUAUACACCCAUUUAAAAGAUCGGUUUAUUUUACAAGAUAUUUCUUUUCAGUUAAGUGUUCAUGAAAACUUUUUACUAAUCAAUAAUUAAUACUAUAUUUUGCUAUACGUCAAGUUCUACUAUACUUGCCAGAUUUUACAUGAACACCUGAGGUAUCAAUGAAGGUAUAUUAAAAAAAAUCUAAAAUCAAAUGAUUUAUACUGUUAUGAUUUGGUACUGUUCUGAUCCUCAUAGCGUGUCUAUAAUGUGUCUUUUAGAAUCAGUUUGCUUAAUUUUACUAUUAUUUUCUUAAAAUCGAUCGAUUUAGAAUACUUAACCAAAUAAGCAUUUUUCUACUUGUAAUCUAUUGCAUACAUUAACACAAGUACACGAUGUUUUUGAAAUUGGUUAAAAUUUUUGGGACAUUCAUUAUUUAUUAUUAUCCACUACAUGUUACUUGGCUCACGUAUCAUUAUAAUAACUUUAAAUUAAUUCUUAAUCUUUUAGAAAUUCCAUUAAUUUAAUUGGUAACAAUUAAAUUUUCGGUUCUGAAUUUAAUACCUUUUAUCAUCUCUUAAAAGAUAAUAUUUCAAUUAACUACAUUCGAAUAUAAAUCAAAUAAUAUUUAAUCGAAUUUAUACUAUUCGUUAUUGCCACAAAGCGCUAUGCGAAUUCCAAUGUUCAUUAUACUAAAUUGAAUUACCUAGAUUAACACUCAGAUGAUAUGUUGCAUAAUUGGAUUAAUGGAUUCAAUACACAAUCAUAUUGUUUACUAAUUAAUUUGCGAUGCCAUUUAAUUAAAUAAGAUGGACAUCUCGGCAUUACAUUUGAGUAUUCGGCACGUUAAAACAAUACUAUAAUUACUAUCUAUUUAAAUGUUUGAAAGCAGUUUUUUAAGAACAGGUAUAUUCAUGACUUAUUUAUCAGCGCGAAGUAAUGUAUUUUGCUGCACAUGAUAACACACGGUGUAAACUAAUUUUAUAUACGAAAAAAGAGCCAAUAACAUGUAGUUACUUUACAUUAUCCUUUUCUAUACUAUUUAUUUGUUUCAAAAAUAUCUUCUUAGCACUCGUUUUUAAGCAUACGAUUAAGAAAAUAGUUUUUGUUCAUUACAGAUGGAAUAAUUGUCUAAAUUGUUUUUGCUAUUAUGUUUACUUCGUAUUAAACAGCACUACAUAAUGUUUUUAACUAUGCAAUAAGAAGUUCAUCAUUUUUGUGAUAAGUACGAAGUAAUCAUAACAGUACCUAAGAUUUUAUUAUUCAAAAAAUAGACAUAAUAGAUUUUAUGUAUAUUGUGUUCAGAUUAAAAGCAAAUGCAAUAAAAUACAUAUUAUAUAAACUGUUAAGCAGAUGCGAAAUGUUAUGAUAUAUGAACUUCUUUUGUAAAAGUCUUCCAUUAAUUUGUAUGCUAUGGGGAUAUGUUUUUAAAGAUUAUAAUCAAAAAUGGUAAUAUUUAUUUAUUGUUUUCUUGCCUAUGGAUUCAUACAUAGGGUGAAUUUUUCAUAUGUGCGAUGUUUGCUAAACUUGGAACUAUCUAGUAGGUAUAAAUAAUGUGGAAUAUUACGAACACAAUCGCUCCAGUGAUGCCUUAGCGCAUUUUGUGCUAUUUGAUAUAGUGUUGGGAAAAUCACGUGUAUUUGAAAAAAAUACCCUAUGUAUUUUGAUAGUUAAAAGAUUUAUUGCAUUUGCUUAAAUCGUGGAGAGUACUUUUAACAGAUUUAUUCACCGUUUCUGUAUUUAAAUGGGCGGCAGUCAAUCAAUAACAAAUAAUUUUACAAACAGUCACAAACUAUUUAGAAUUUAGAAGAUAUUUUAGUUCAAUAUAAAUAGAAAGCAUUAGUUUAAUAUCUUGCCCGUUGUGGUUGAUAAAGACCAUAAAAAUCCUUUGUCGUUGGACUUGUGUAUCUAAUUCCGUUUAGUUACAGGUCAACGAAAGUUGAGGCGAACAAGUACUCUCAUUGAUGUAAUAUUUGAAUACAAAACACUAAAAACAUUCAAUUUCAAAUAUCAAAUACACUAGCUACCUCGCUCUUCUUAAAAUAUAUUCUGCAAGCGAGACAGAAAGCACUUGUCAGUCCCACUGCGCAAGACCUAAUCGCAGUUACGGUAGUGAUAAAUUGAAAAUUAUUAAUAAUUACCGGUCAUUAUUAUUUCCGAAAGUUGAGAAAUUAAUAACAUUUAUCGUUGAUUAUUAAAAAUUUAACUUUGGUACCAACAAAUGUGUGUGUACAGCCACAGCCACACAUUUAGAUAUUUUGUUUGUUUUGUUUUCAUAUCUUACUAAUACAUACAUAUUGUAAUUUGGCAUAACAAGUCUGAAAUUAAUAUUCUUUGCAUAAUAUAAAUUAUUUUGCCGUAAUGCCAUAUUGUUUAGAUAUAGUGUCAAAAUAGGUUAAUGUGAGGCCCUAAGCCUAAGCCGCCUCUUAAUUUUUUUACAUAAAAUAAUGAUUUUUAAUUUAUCACGUUUACCGUAACAUAUACAAAUAUUUGCUUGUGUCUCAACUCUCGUUGGGCGACCUAUACUUGGAUUUAUUUUGAUAUUUUUUUUCUGGCUGGCUGUUGAAUUUUGAACCUUCAAUUGAGCAGCAAUAUGAUAUGUGUGUAUGUGUAGAGAAUUAAAAAAAAUAUUUAGUUUCGCAAAAAUAAGCUUGUGAAGAUUGAUUUCUGCUAUUUUUAGGACACCAUUAUCGUUUUAAAGCCAGAUAUCUUUUUCAUCGCCAUGAAAUGAAAGCAUAAUAAAUUAUGCAUUAUCUUUAUAACUAAUCUUAGUUGAUAAAUAUUUGUGACAAUCGUUACCGCUAUCAUAAAUCAAAUAUUGCUUAUGAACACGAUUAGGAAAACUAAAGAUUGUGGAAUUACACCAUCUGGCAAGUCAUACCUACUGAAAAACAACACACUGCAAAAUCAUUAAUCCAAAAUGUAGAUAAGAAAUUAUGUGAAAUAAAUAACCAUUUUAUAUACAAGGUUAUUUUUAGUAUAUACGAAACCUUAAAACUAUUUGUUCAUAAUCAGUAAUAGAAUCCAUAGCAAUAUUUUUUAUAUCAUGUUACAUUUUGACUAAAUAAUAUUUACAAAUCCAUAAUUUACGGACACCUUACUAAAAUGUUCUGCGCGUAUGGAAAAUGUUGUCAAAGCUUAACAAACAUUGCGUUGUCAACAACGAAAGUGCCGCGCGCUGUACGAUGUCUACACUCGCGACUCGAUAAUGGGACAACAAAUAAAGCUUGGAACUUCGUGAGUUUUUAAGGUAUCAUUUUAAUUUUUUUUAUACUGAUUCUAAAGAUUAAAACACGUGACACGUGUUUCGGCUUUCGUAUAUACAAAAAAUAACCUUGUAUACAGCAUAAUUUAAAUACAGAAGCGGUGUAACUGUUAUUCACAAUCUUCCAUAAUAAUUGUACCUAUUACAAAGAAAACUGAACACCAUAUUGUAACUUUAACAUAGCAGAAACACCAAUAACACCAAUGAAGUAACCUCGAUUUACUAGAAUGUAAUAUAACAUUAUGUAGUGUACCUACUUAUAAACAUUGUUACGACUUUCCUUCAGGCACUAUUAAACCUACCACGUUUCGUUUUGCUAAUCGUUGUGGACAGAGCUGUGUUUGUUCGAAAAUGAAGUAAUGAUUUAAGUAUGCACCCACUUGAUUGCAAAGUAAUAGGUGUAUAUUAUAUUAUUAUUCAUUUCAUAUACAUAUUCAUUUAUUGCAUCCUGUUGUACAAUUAGGUGUUUACAAAAGAAAUAUGUGUAGACACAAACAAGAGCCCUGUAAGGGCAUUGCAAGUUAUUGAAAAAUAUCAAUAAUUGAAUUGAAUAAAUAUUCAGAUAUCAUGCCCAUGCCAUAAUCAAUAUUUAAGGUAUACCCCUGAACUUAGUUUUCAGUACCUAAUGUAUUUCGUAUUGGAGAGUUUGUUAAUAAAUAUAAACAUAGCUGCGAGCAUUCAUAUUUUAGUGUCCAAAAUUCAUUUUUGAAUUUGCCUGUAUGAAUCAUAGCAAUGUUUGUAAGCUAUUCAUUGUAUGUAGGAGGAGAUAAAAAAAUUACAGUCCCUCAAUUCUAAAUGAUUAUUAGCUAGAGUAAAUUUAAAUUAUAAGAUAAUUUUUGAUACGACGAUGAGGAAAGAGUAACAUAGAUAUUAAAGAUUUUUAUGUCCAGUAUUUCGAAACGAGUAAUGUUUUAAUCGAUGUUUUUUUAUGUUGCGAAGUAUGAGGCAAACAAUAGAAUGAAAUUAAUUUUAUUCUGUAUACCAAUGCGAUUUUACUGAGAUGGAUAAAUUAUUUUUAUGUUUGGAUCAUUUUAUUAAAACUUAAUACAUAUUGAAAAUUCUAUCGAGUUUUAGACAUUGUAACUCUUUUUCCUUAUUCUGUAGAGGAAGGUUUACGUUUACCUAUCAAUUUACUAAACUUGAAAAUUAUACAUGCAGAGUGCUCUACUGUGUUUGCCUGUUACUUUGCAAAGAUGGGUGUAUUUGUAAUUGUAAGAUGUAUAAUAUAACACCGAUAAUAAUCUUAACGCCUAAAGCAAUAAAUGAGCCUCACUUAGACCUUCUUAAGUCAAGCCAUGUCAACUUAAUGAAAAUAAGAUUCAAUAGUACCAAUCGAGAUAUUUGUAAGAUUUUCUCUUUUGGUAUUGCACUGUACAUUUUCUAUUUUAGAACCUACGGUAUGUUUAUUUAAUAAUCUUAUUCAUGUAAACAUACUAACAAAAUAAUUUCCAAUAAAUAAAUCACGCACCAGUUCUUAAACUCGCACCAUUCUGCAGUGCAAUGCGAAAAGAUUAUAUUUUAGGUAACAAAACAUUUGUGAUAUAUUCAAGUAAAAGCUAUACUCAAAUCUAAAUAAAAUGUAGGUUUAUCGUCGCUUUCGCAGUUGGACGAUUUAGGUCUAAUUAUAUUAUCUUUUAUAUUGAAACCAUAAAAUAGUUAAAAAAGUAGUAACACCAAGCAUAGCCUAAAAUGGUAAUAACAUAGAGUGAUGUUAGAUUUAUUUAUAAGUUUUUAUAGAGCUCGCAGGGAUGCCAACACAGGUCCUUCGGGCCGGAUUCAAAUAUUCUUUAGUUUAGCAUCCCUGCAAAGUAUACAGAAUGAUGGUUAUAGAAUAAAACUUAGGCAGUUUUAAAUAUUUAAUAUGAAUCGGUUUAGAAUAAACGAAAGUGUAAGCUUGGCUAUAACUUAUGUAAUAAACUAUUGAUACUUA